GGCCAUGAUCUUGAGAUACUGUAACUCUGAAAGACCACACACCGUUCAGCAUUCAGACUGUUGUUGUCUUGUCUCUAUUCUGGAGCCGUAGAGAGGACAAGCUGAGGAUCCCCAGUGGAUGGUUGUGUCACCUGGCCCCUGAAAUAGUCUCUCAGCUCUCCCCCGAAACAGAGGAGGACAAACUGCCUUUCUCUAAACAGUCAGACGUCUUUGCUUUUGGGUGAGUACCACUAUGUUCCAAAUGGCACCCUAUUCCAUAUAUAGUGUGCUACUUUUGACCAGGGCCUAUAUCGCUCUGGUAAAAGUAGUGUACUAUAGGGAAUAGGGUGCCAUUUGGAACACACUCUAACGUGUCCCUUGCGACUUCUCGUUGUUGUAAGGAGUUGUUCAGGAGCCUCUUCACUCUCUGUCUAGUUUUCAUUGGAUUUUCAGGCCCGGUUGUAUUGACUUGAAUUAAAUUGAAUAAACUUUAUCCCACUAGGGGAAAUUGGGGUUGUCACUAGCAAGACAAAUACUCUGAUGUUUUUAAUUUUUUAUUCUUAUCCCUCUGAACCCUCUUCCCUCUCUCCAUCUUCCCUUUCAUCUAUCUUCCCUCUCUCCCAUCUUCCCUCUCAUUCAUCUUCCCUUCAUCCAUAUUCCCUCUCAGCCAUCUUCCCUCUCAGCCAUCUUCCCUCUCAUCUAUCUUCCCUCUCAGCCAUCUUCCCUCUCAGCCAUCUUCCCUCUCAGCCAUUUUCCCUCUCAUUCAUUUUCCCUCUCAGCCCAUCUUCCCUCUCAUUCAUCUUCCCUUUCAUCCAUCUUCCCCCUCAGCCAUCUUCCCUCUCAGCCAUCUUUUCCUCUCAUUCAUCUUCCCUCUCAGCCAUCUUCCCUCUCAUUCAUCUUCCCUUUCAUCCAUCUUCCCUCUCAGCCAUUUUCCCUCUCAGCCAUCUCCCUCUCAGCCAUCUUCCCUCUCAUUCAUCUUCCCUCUCAGCCAUCUCCCUCUCAUUCAUCUUCCCUCUCAGCCAUCUCCCCUCUCAUCUAUCUUCCCUCUCAUCUAUCUUCCCUCUCAUCUAUCUUCCCUCUCUUCCAUCUUCCCUCUCAUCUAUCUUCCCUCUGCAUCUUCCCUCUCACCCAUCUUCCCUCUCUGCAUCUUCCCUCUCUGCAUCUUCCCUCUCUUUCCAUCUUCCCUCUCUUUCCAUCUUCCCUCUUUUUUCCAUAUUCCCUCUCUUCCAUCUUCUUGCUCAUCCAUGUUUGGAAUGGUUAUAAUAGAAUGGUUAUAAUACAAUGGUUAUAAUACAAUGGUUAUAAUACAAUGGUUAUAAUAGCUAAAAUGGUUAUAAUAACCAAAAGCCAGAAGUUUUCCUGUCUACCUGACCUAACCAUGAAAAACUCUAGUACCCUAGUUAUAACACUCACCCUAGUUAUAACACUGACCCUACUUAUAACACAAGUUAUAACACUGACCCUAGUUAUAACACUGACCCUACUUAUAACACUGACCCUACUUAUAACACUGACCCUAGUUAUAACACUGACCCUAGUUUAACACUGACCCUACUUAUAACACAAGUUAUAACACUGACCCUAGUUAUAACACUCACCCUAGUUAUAACACUCACCCUAGUUAUAACACUGACUCUAGUUAUAACACUGACCCUAGUUAUAACACUAGUUAUAACACUGACCCUAGUUAUAACACUAGUUAUAACACUGACCCUAGUUAUAACACUCACCCUAGUUAUAACACUGACCCUAGUUAUAACACUAGUUAUAACACUGACCCUAGUUAUAACACUAGUUAUAACACUGACCCUAGUUAUAACACUGACCCUAGUUAUAACACUCACCCUAGUUAUAACACUGACCCUAGUUAUAACACUAGUUAUAACACUAGUUAUAACACUGACACUAGUUAUAACACUGACCCUAGUUAUAAAACUGACCCUAGUUAUAACACUAGUUAUAACACUGACCCUAGUUAUAACACUGGUCCUCUGUAGCUCAGCUGGUAGAGCACGGCGCUUGUAACGCCAAGGUAGUGGGUUCGAUCCCCGGGACCACCCAUACACAAAAAAUGUAUGCACGCACGACUGUAAGUCGCUUUGGAUAAAAGCGUCUGCUAAAUGGCAUAUUAUUAUUUAUUAUUAUUUUAUAACACUGACCCUAGUUAUAAAACUGACCCUAGAUAUAACACUAGUUAUAACACUGACCCUAGUUAUAACACUAGUUAUAACACUGACCCUAGUUAUAACACUGACCCUAGUUAUAACACUGACUCUAGUUAUAACACUGACCCUAGUUAUAACACUAGAUAUAACACUGACCCUAGUUAUAACACUAGUUAUAACACAGACCCUAGUUAUAACACUGACCCUAGUUAUAACACAAGUUAUAACACUGACCCUAGUUAUAACACUGACCCUAGUUAUAACACUGACCCUAGUUAUAACACUAGUUAUAACACUGACCCUAGUUAUAACACUGACCCUAGUUAUAACACUAGAUAUAACACUGACCCUAGUUAUAACACUGACCCUAGUUAUAACACUGACCCUAGUUAUAACACUAGUUAUAACACUGACCCUAGUUAUAACACUGACCCUAGUUAUAACACUCACCCUAGUUAUAACACUGACCCUAGUUAUAACACUAGUUAUAACACUAGUUAUAACACUGACACUAGUUAUAACACUGACCCUAGUUAUAAAACUGACCCUAGUUAUAACACUAGUUAUAACACUGACCCUAGUUAUAACACUGGUCCUCUGUAGCUCAGCUGGUAGAGCACGGCGCUUGUAACGCCAAGGUAGUGGGUUCGAUCCCCGGGACCACCCAUACACAAAAAAUGUAUGCACGCACGACUGUAAGUCGCUUUGGAUAAAAGCGUCUGCUAAAUGGCAUAUUAUUAUUUAUUAUUAUUUUAUAACACUGACCCUAGUUAUAAAACUGACCCUAGAUAUAACACUAGUUAUAACACUGACCCUAGUUAUAACACUAGUUAUAACACUGACCCUAGUUAUAACACUGACCCUAGUUAUAACACUGACUCUAGUUAUAACACUGACCCUAGUUAUAACACUAGAUAUAACACUGACCCUAGUUAUAACACUAGUUAUAACACAGACCCUAGUUAUAACACUGACCCUAGUUAUAACACUAGUUAUAACACUGACCCUAGUUAUAACACUGACCCUAGUUAUAACACUGACCCUAGUUAUAACACUAGUUAUAACACUGACCCUAGUUAUAACACUGACCCUAGUUAUAACACUAGAUAUAACACUGACCCUAGUUAUAACACUGACCCUAGUUAUAACACUGACCCUAGUUAUAACACUAGUUAUAACACUGACCCUAGUUAUAACACUGACCCUAGUUAUAACACUAGUUAUAACACUGACACUAGUUAUAACACUGACUCUAGUUAUAACACUGACCCUAGUUAUAACACUCACCCUAGUUAUAACACUGACCCUAGUUAUAACACUAGUUAUAACACUGACCCUAGUUAUAACACUAGUUAUAACACUGACCCUAGUUAUAACACUGACCCUAGUUAUAACACUGACCCUAGUUUAUAACACUAGUUAUAACACUGACCCUAGUUAUAACACUGACCCUAGUUAUAACACUAGUUAUAACACUGACCCUAGUUAUAACACUGACCCUAGUUAUAACACUGACCCUAGUUAUAACACUAGAUAUAACACUGACCCUAGUUAUAACACUGACCCUAGUAAUAACACUGACCCUAGUUAUAGCACUGACCCUAGUUAUAGCACUGACCCUAGUUAUAGCACUGACCCUAGAUAUAACACUAGUUAUAACAAUGACCCUAGUUAUAACACUGACCCUAGUUAUAACACUGACCCUACUUAUAACACUGACCCUACUUAUAACACUGACCCUAGUUAUAACACUGACCCUAGUUAUAACACUAGUUAUAACACUGACCCUAGUUAUAACAUGACCCUAGUUAUAACACUGACCCUAGUUAUAACACUAGUUAUAACACUGACCCUAGUAAUAACACUGACCCUAGUUAUAACAUGACCCUAGUUAUAACACUGACCCUAGUUAUAACACUAGUUAUAACACUGACCCUAGUAAUAACACUGACCCUAGUUAUAACAUGGAUCCUAGUUAUAAUUGCCGGAGAAGCCGGUGUUUGGAGGAUAUAUUGGCAUGGGUGUUGUUCGUCGAGGGCCGGCAAACUGUGCCAAUAUAUCCUCCGAACACCGGCUUCGAGGGCAUUAUCACUUUUAUACAAUGGGUUACCAACAUAUUCAAAUAGUGAUUUACAGUACAUAUUUUAAUUAAAAACGUUAUUUUGGGGUCCUCCCGAGUUGCGCAGCAGUCUAAGGCACUGCAUCGCAGUGCUUGAGGCGUCACUACAGACCCAGGUUUGAUCCCAGACUGUGUCGCAGCCGGCCGAGACCGGGAGACCCAUGAGGCGGCGCACAAUUGGCCCGGCGUCGUCCGGGUUAGGGGAGGGUUUGGCCGGCCCGGGAUGUCCUUGUCCCAUCGCGCUCUAGCGACUCCUGUGGCAGGACGGGUGCAUGCACGCUGACACGGUCGCCAGUUGUAUGGUGUUUCCUCCGACACUACCAAUUGGAUAUCACGAAAUUGGGGAGAAAAAGGGUUAAAAAAAUAUAUACAGUACCAGUCAAAAGUUUGGACACACCUACUAAUUCAUUGUUUUUUCUUUAUUUUUACUAUUUUUACAUUGUAGAAUAAUAGUGAAGAAAUAACACAUAUGUCAUCUUGAAAUAACACAUAUGGCAUCAUGUAGUAACCAAAAAAGUGUUAAACAAAUCUAAAUAUUUUAUAUUUGAGAUUCUUCAAAUAGCCACCCUUUGCCUUGACAGCUUUGCACGCACUUGGCAUUCUCUCAACCAGCAUCACCUGGAAUGCUUUUCCAACAGUCUUGAAGGAGUUCCCAUAUAUGCUGAGCACUUGUUGGCUGCUUUUCUUUCACUCUGCCGUCCAACUCUUCCCAAACCAUCUCAAUUGGGUUGAGGUCGGGGGAAUGUGGAGGCCAGGUCAUCUGAUGCAGCACUCCAGCUCUCUCCUUCUUGGUAAAAUAGCCCUUACACAGCCUGGAGGUGUGUUGGGUCAUUGUCCUGUUGAAAAACAAAUGAUAGUCCCACUAAGCCCAAAACAGAUGGGCUGGCGUAUCGCUGCAGAAUGCUGUGGUAGCCAUGCUGGUUAAGUGUGCCUUGAAUUCUAAAUAAAUCACAGACAGUGUCACCAGCAAAGCACCCCCACACCAUAACACCUACUCCUCCAUGCUUUACGGUGAGAACUACACAUGCAGAGAUCAUCCAUUCACCCACCCCGCGUCUCACAAAGACACGGCGGUUUGAACCAAAAAUCUCACAUUUGGGCUCAUCAGACCAAAGGACAGAUUUCCAUUGGUCUAAUGUCAAUUGCUCGUGUUUCUUGGCCCAAGCAGCUCUCUUCUUAUUAUUGAUGUCCUUUAGUAGUGGUUUCUUUGCAACAUUCAUUUGGGCUGCAAUUUCUGAUGCUGGUAACUCUAAUGAACUUAUCCUCUGCAGCAGAGGUAACUCUGGGUCUUCCAUUCCUGUGGUGGCAUAGAGCUUGAUGGUUUUUUGCGACUGCACUUGAAGAAACUUUCAAAGUUCUUGAAAUGUUCCGUAUUGACUGACCUUCAUGUCUUAAAGUAAUGAUGGACUGUCGUUUCUCUUUGCUUAUUUGAGCUGUUCUUGCCAUAAUAUGGACUUGGUCUUUUACCAAAUAGGGCUAUCUUCUGUAUACCCCCCCUACCUUGUCACAACACAAGUGAUUGGCUCAAAUGCAUUUCCACAAAUUAACUUUUAACAAGGCACACCUGUUAUUUGAAAUGCAUUCCAGGUGACUACCUCAUGAAGCUGGUUGAGAGAAUGCCAAGAGUGUGCAAAGCUGUCAUCAAGGCAAAGGGUGACUAUUUGAAGAAUCUCAAAUAUAAAAUAUAUUUAACACUUUUUUGGUUACUACAUGAUUCCAUAUGUGUUAUUUCAUAGUUUAUAUGUCUUCACUAUUAUUCUACAAUGUAAAAACUGUAAAAAUAAAUAAAAAUAAAGAUAAACCCUUGAAUGAGUAGGUGUGUCCAAACUUUUGACUGGUAGUGUAUAUCAAAAAUAUUUGGAUGAAUUUAUUCAUACUAUUUCAACCUUCCACAAGAUAUAGUCCCGACACAAAUCUAGCGUUGCUACCCUAGCCGGCUGGUCGUUCGUUCUAUCGGUUCGGUUGCCAGAGACACGACCCAGUCGUUCAGUCUUUUUGUUCUGUAUCUAUCCAGUCGUUCGUUCUAAAUGUUCUAUUGCCAUACUGGCUGGCAACGUUCUUAUCCAUUGCUUGCUAGCUAGCCAACAACGGCUAACUUACAGUCACGUCAAACAGUGCAGCCAGAAUAACAACAAAGUAGCUGCAUUUGCAUUUGUUUAAGCUGUUUUCUAGAGACAUUUAUUUAGAGACAUCCAUAACAAUGAGCUAAUGAUACACUGUUUCACCUGGCAUAGAAAAUGUGCUCUCUCCUCAGGACACUGUUUUUCAGAGGAGCUAGCCAACAACACAGCUAAAACAAUCACUUCAAACUGAAGCUGGAAAGACUGCAAACUAGCUGCACUUCGUUUUGUUUUACCUUUCUAUUGACAUUUCUUUGUAUAUAUCCAUACAAAUUAUGCUGAUUCGGGAUUUCGAUUUGCUGAGAAAAGCUGCUUGCUGCAUCCCGACUCCCGACCCCAAUACGUUCAUUACUAUAGGACACCUGGAGAUAGAAUUUCAAUAGCCUACUGAAACAAUGUUAUAAUGUCAGAGAGACAGCAAGGUUUAUACAAAUCUCCGCUAUUGAAAACCAAUUGCUAGUCUAAAAGAAAUGGGAGAUAAUGUCUAGAUGCUUUUUAUAGUGGAGAUCAAGUUUAUAAAGUGCCUGGCAGAGCUGAUGAGACAGUGGAUUGCGCAGUGAGAUGGAACAGAGUAAAUAGGCAUUUUAACAUCAUAGAUUUAGCUGGUGGUAACUUGUGGCAGGAAUGCUGUUGUAACCAAUCAGCAUUAAGGAUUAGACCAACCCGUUGUAUAACACUAGUUAUAACACUGACCCUAGUUAUAACACUGACCCUAGUUAUAACACUAGUUAUAACACUGACCCUAGUUAUAACACUGACCCUAGUUAUAACACUAGUUAAAACACUGACCCUAGUUAUAACACUGACCCUAGUUAUAACAUUAGUUAUAACACUGACCCUAGUUAUAACACUGACCCUAGUUAUAACACUAGUUAAAACACUGACCCUAGUUAUAACACUGACCCUAGUUAUAACACUGACCCUAGUUAUAACACUAAUUAUAACACUGACCCUAGUUAUAACACUAGUUAUAACACUGACCCUAGUUAUAACACUGACCCUAGUUAUAACACUAGUUAUAACACUGACCCUAGUUAUAACACUGACCCUAGUUAUAACACUAGUUAUAACACUAUUUAUAACACUGACCCUAGUUAUAACACUAGUUAUAACACUGACCCUAGUUAUAACACUGACCCUAGUUAUAACACUGACCCUAGUUAUAACACUGACCCUAGUUAUAACACUGACUUUAGUUAUAACACUAGUUAUAACAGUGAUUUUCCAUGUUCUAGGCCUGCCUUUCACUCCCUUCUCUUUUGUUCUCUUCUGUGAUCGUCACAGACCCCUUUGCGUGGGUGGACCCUGCUCUUUUGACUCAUAACACAAUUGCAUUUUCAGAUGUCCUCUCAUAUGGAGGGCCUGUCACUGGAUCAGUCUGAGGGGAAGGGAUGCAGCGCUCACACACAUUGGAUGCGCCCCAUAUGGCACCCUAUUCCCUAUAUAGUGUACUACUUUUAACCAGAGCCCUAUGGGAAUAGGGUGCAAUUUGGGAUGCAGCCAGUGUCCAUAUGGCCUGUUGGUGCCUUAGUGAUAUCUAGAGGUUACCCCUGAAGCUGUUGUACAUAUUCAGCAAUUCUCCAUGUGUUUUUCUGUCUUGGCCGAAUGCUAUUUUUAUGCUACUCAACCCUGGUCGUUGACAUGACAGGGGAAAAAAUGCCUGCUCAUAAUGAGAAAUGAGGAUGGUGUGACGAUGUUGAUGAAGUAUAAUGUAUUAAUGGACCUAACAGGUUUGAUAUAAAGUUAGUUCCUCAGCAGCAACCUUGUGGUCUGUCAGACUCAUUGUGGGAGCGUCUAGAGCUUUUAAAUGUAUUCGGACAAGCACAACAGACAUACAGCAUAGAGAUGCAGGUUUAGGUAUUAAACCUGGUUUGAUGCCACUUGUGUGUGGACGUCUGUUGUUGUGUUUUGUCAUAAUGUCACUGUAAUAGGAAAAUAUGAUAUACACACAUCCAAUCUCCCUGAGCAGGUGCUGAAUAUGAAAACAAAUCGAAUAAUUGUGAAACGUGACACUGCACAGUGAAAUCUAUGCUACCAUAUCAUUUAUGGUAUCAUAAUGUUAAAUGUCUAAGCCAUGGGAUAUUUCACACAUCCACCCUCCAACUGAUUUCCCCCCCUGUGCUGUGUCCGUCUGCAGAACUAUCUGGUAUGAGUUGCAUGCACGUGAGUGGCCUUAUAAGAACCAGCCAGCAGAAGUUAUCAUCUGGCAGGUGGGCAGCGGAAUGAAGCCCAACCUCACCCAGAUCGGCAUGGGCAAAGAGAUAUCGGUAAGUGUUGCUCAUAUACAGUAAACUGUACCACACCUGGCUAUUUCUGGUAGAAGUCGCUCACUAGUUGUAGGUGAACAUAUUUGAUGUCCAUGGGUAAAGAUACUGUAUAUCCUUGAGUGGUGUUCUUCAUAAUACUGCAGUGGUGACUAUCUUUCUUCACAUAACUAAACACCAUACCUGGUAGUUUCAGGUCUGAUCUGCAUACAUAUCAAUUUACAGGUGUUCAGAAUGUGCAUCUUCAUACAUGCAAUGAGACUAAAUCCUGCCUGGGAUGUUUUUUGAGUGCUCAAUUGGCUUUUUGUUAUUUGUGUUUCCUGAACCACUUCACAAAAUAAUUUAUCUCACAGGGAAAAAUACGGUUGUUUGAAUCCGGUGGCAUUCAUCCAUUUGUCCAGUUCUCCACGCAGGUCUCUUUCUCUCCUGUUUUUCCUGUGUUUGCCUGGGUCUCUAAAGGGGGUCUGUCUGGCUCUCCCUCCCUAGGACAUCCUGCUCUUCUGCUGGGCGUUCGAGCAGGAGGAGAGGCCCAGCUUCUCCAAGCUGGUGGAUCUGCUGGAAAAGUUGCCAAAACGGAACCGCCGCCUUUCCCACCCAGGGCACUUCUGGAAGUCAGCUGAGUAUGUCAAAUGAGACUAAAAAACAACAAAGUAAACCUACCUAGACUAUGUAUCCUUAUGGUGUGUGUGUGUGCGUGUGCGUGUGCGUGUGCUUGUGUGUGUGUGUGUGUGUGUGUGUGUGUGUGUGUGAGAAUAGGUGCAGUUGACCAAGACCCCCUGAACCUAGACAUCUCAACAUCCUCUGAACACAUAUUUUGGGUUUAUUGUUUAAUCACGUGGAAGAUGUGUUUUAUUUCAUUGCUCAAAUGACCUGUUCAGUUUGUUGGUUGGUUUCUUUAUUCUGGAAUGUAUUUUUCUCAAUGUCACUUGUUUUAAUGAGAGUUUGUGUCAUGUCUCACUUCGUUGUGUACGGAAAAUGCAUCAGAAUGAAAUAGUUUUUUUUAGAAUGAAUGUAAUUAUUUUAUGAAUUGUGAAAUGUACAUUUUUAAGUAAUUGUCUUGGCAUUUCUCAUCUGUCAACUGUCUCUGUUAUUUGUCAGUAUUCCUCAUGUUCUCUCCUGUUUGUGUUCUCUUCAUGUUUGUCUCAAAGCUUUAUCUAUCUUCAUUAUUCACUAUUGAAUGUGAAGACUCCACUCCUGUCACUUGUAGGGCUGGAUGACACUUCAGUACAUUGGUAGGAAACUGUCCUGUGCUUUGAUUAUUGCCUGUGAACACUGUUGAGGAUGCGUAAAAAAUAAUUGCAUCCUAUUCCCUACAUGGACCUGUCAAAAACGUUAAAGGUAGUGCACUAGAUGGGAAAUAGGGUGAGAGAUCUUUGAACAACAGCCUUUUUUUCUCAGCUCUGGUUCAGUCAGUAGUAGACCUACAUUGACUGACUAGAAGUCUCUCACUAAUGUUAAAACGCUGACACUUCAAAUGUAUCUCAUUACUUAGUAUGAACGUGCUUAAACACUUUGGACAAAUGCUGUGCCUGAGAAAUAGGUGUAUAGUGGUUACUUUAGUGUUUUAUCGCAGAAAAGUAAAAAGAUGUAUAGCUAGCUAGCUAAGGUCACCACCUACUUCCAGUAAUGAUGACACAAACGAUUUUAAUGAUGACACAAUCGAUUUUAAUGAUGACACAAUCGAUUCCCUUGAGGAAUUUGUCAGCCCUAUAAUUGACAAAGCACUUUCUGGACAGACACCAUGACACAGUCUACUAACAUGAUCUGGCCAUUUCUAUCUUAUAUUUCACAGCGAUAUUUGAAAAACAUGCUAGCUAGAGUAGAGUCAGACUGAAUCAUAUCAUUAUGGAUGAAAACCAGUGUCUCAGUAAGAACUGCAUAGCUGCUGCUUUGGACGCUGUACAGCCACGGCUUAGAUGCAGACAAUCCAAUCCUGUAUAAAGCCCUUUCUACUACACUGUAUUAUACAGUAAAAUAUCCACCAAUGUUGGAAAUGCAUACAAACAAAUUGCUGCUGUUUUUUGGAGUACAUCUGUCUAUUUUGGAAUUACUGGAAUUCAGAUAUUGUACAUGGGUCAUCUAUAUUUGUACUGUUUACAACUUUUAAGUGCAUGAAAUGGACUACAAAGGAUCUAUUCUCGUUCUUACGAUACAAAGUUGACUUUCAGCUCUAUAUUAAGUAUAUGAUCACUGGGGUAUUUUCUGAUUGAACUGUUGUCAGCAUAGGACCACCAAAGGAUGCUGUGACAACAGUUAAUAAGACUAUACAGCCUGCUUUGUAAAAAAGGAAAUGUUCAAAAGCGAUGUUUAAGAGAAUGAUUGUAAUAUUAUAUUUGCACAGUAUAAUCGUGAAGGGAAAUAAC